UUUUUAAGAAACAUUUCAGACUUCAUAAGAAGAAGAAGAGGAAAGAAGAAUAAAAACCAUUCACUCGGUUUCGGCUACAAAAUCUCACAGACGAUUCGAUUAUCUCCUUCUCGCGUCGUCCUCAUCGUAAAUUUCUUCCCGCCGAGAAAGAUGGCCUUCUGGACAUUGAUGAGAGGUCUGCUCCUCUUUGCUAAUGCAUUUGCAAUCCUCAAUGAAGAUCGUUUCCUUGCUCCAAGAGGAUGGACACUUGAAAAUGUCCACCAAACCGGUAGAAGAAACUCUUUCAAAGGCCAAAUCAUAGGUCUGAUUAAUGCCUGCCAGUACAUGAGACUGCCCCUCCUGUUCAUGAACGUGGCAGUCAUUGUGAUGAAGAUUAUCUUCGGUUGAAGAGUUUAAGUAGAUGAAUAUAAACUACGUUGCGUACCUAAAAUGAUCGUGAUUAUUGAUAACUAUGUAGGAGGUGGAAGUUGUUUUUCUUAUCUAUCUCAAACGAA